UGAGGGGAGGUCAAGGUUUAGGCUCUCCGUGAAGAUGGCGGCGCUCCGUGUGUCCGGCGUUGCUGCAAGUGGCUUGACGCGGGCCUGCUUGGGGGCAACACGCAGAGAACUUUGGUCUCUCACCAGAAAAAAAAAAGAACCAGUGGUGGCUGCACCAGUAGAAGAGAUGAGGAAAGAACCUGUUCUGGUGUGUCCACCUUUACGAAGCCGAGCAUACACACCACCUGAAGAUCUCCAAAGUCGUCUGGAAUCACGUCUUAAAGAAGUUUUGGGUUCAUCUCUUCCUAGUGAUUGGCAAGACAUCUCCGUGGAAGAUGGACAUAUGAAGUUCAGUCUCCUGGCACACUUGGCCCAUGACUUGGGCCAUGCAGUACCUAACUCCAAGCUUCACCAAAUGUGUAGAGUUAGAGAUAUUCUUGAUUUCUAUAAGGUCCCUGUUAAAGAUAUCUCUAAGUUUGAUGAACUUACUGUCAGUAAUUUGCCUCCUAAUUUGAAAAUCACCUGGGGUUAUUGAGCAAUUCAGAAAACGGACACACUGAACAUAAUUUUGUUCUGAGCAAGUUGAAUGCUUAUUGGACCUUUUGAUACUUCAUGUUUUAUAAAACAACUUUCUGUAGAAGAUUAAUAUCUCUGUCUUGUUCUCUCUUUUCUCAUCAUGAAUCAACAAAUAGCAGGCUUUUUUCCUGUUUUUCUCAUUUGCUGAAGCUGUUUUUUAAAUAGAGUUUAGUCAUUAAUAAUUUAUGGAAAUUUUUCUUCAGAGGACAUUGUAACUUGGGUUUAGGAUAGUAGGCUAUUACAAAUUCAGAUGUUGUCUUUACCCUUUCUAGGUAUAAACUAAUAGUUCGUGAAAAUGCCCUCAUUAGGGCUCUAAGAUCUAAGAUGAAAAUAGUAUACAUUACAAUCAUAUACAAAUGGGGGUAUUUGUAUUAGAUUAAAUAAUUAAAAUAAACAUAAAGGUGUGCUGUAUAUUUUAGAAGGUUGUUUUGUCACUGUUGACUGUUUGAAUAGACUAAAAAAUGCAGUACAUUCAUGGUUAAUUGCUUAGAAUUAAAGUAAAUUUCUUAAAAUA